ACACCACUGCCAGAGGGCUUCAAGCUGUGGCCUCUCAACAGCAACAUUCAGGCGAACGGGAUGCUGUGUUGGGCUUACAACGAUCUGACACAGAUGCUCACACUUGACACGGCGACAAUGGAGUUCUCGGUGGCCGAGCUCCCUCGAUGCGUGAAGGCACUGGACUGCAGCUUCGUUGUUGGCGAGACGAUCAACGGCACGCCCUGUGUUGUCUAUACUAUGAAGUUCAGAGUCUGCCUGUUCUUGCAGACAUUGGACGGUGAUGGUGUCAAGAGGUGGGCAAGGGACAAGGCCACCUCCUUAGACCCACAACUUGAUGGGGUCCUGGGAAAACUGAAGGGCAGGUACAGCGAGCUCAAGGUUGUGGCAGUCAGGGAUGGGUUUGCAUACUUGGCAACAUCGAUGAAGUACCGUUCCGACAUGAUCCCGAGCUGGGUGUUGUCCCUCUGCUUGGAAACGAUGCAGUUGGAGAAGAUGUUUCAGAGGCCUUAUGAGUGUUGUGUGCACCCCUAUGUUAUGUCAUGGCCUCUUUCAUUAGUUGGUAACUACGGUUGUUUCGCCCUCAGAGAUGGCCCAUGAACUAUCCCUCCAUAGAAGCCACUGUAAAGCUUGCUAGUUCAGUUUACACGCAGUGCAUGUGGCGAAAGCAUCAAUUGUUUGGUAAACAGAGAAGCCUAUGAAAGAGGAAUAAUUAUUCUUCAGAUAAACUCAUUCUGUGUGUUUAUUUAUGUGCAACUUUCAACCAGCAGAGUAGCCGUUUUCAAAUUUGUUAAUGGGAAUUCAGUUGAAAUCUAUGUAUCCAAGUUUAAUUUCAGUUU